AUGAAUUUCUUAUCCAUCAAUUUGAGAGGGUUGGGUGGGGAUGAGAAAGCUAGAUGGGUGAAAGGGAUAAAGGUCAAAUUCGGGAUCUCGUUUGCAGCGUUCCAAGAAUCUAAGUGUGGUGCUGUGAAUGAAGGGGUUUUCGCUAGAUUCUGGGGUUGUAAGGAUUUUGGUGUGGAUUGGGUGGAUUUGAGCGGUUUGUCUGGAGGGUUGGUCAGUAUUUGGGAUAAGAAGUUAUUCGAAAUUGGUAGUUCCAUUAAGGAUAGAAAUUUUCUGGUCGUUAGCGGUAAGAUCAAAGGGAGUGGUCACCAGAUUAAUAUCGCCAAUAUUUAUGCUCCUCAGGAUGUUCAAGGGAAAAAACUUCUUUGGGAUCGUCUUCUGGGGUUAAUUGACGCCUUCUCGGGUCUGUGGAUUUUCCUUAGGGACUUCAAUGCGGUCAGGGUUCCUGAGGAAAGACUUAACACUCGGUUCAACGCCUCUUGUGCCAGAUUCUUUAAUUCUUUUAUUUUUAAUGGCGGGUUGUUGGAGUAUGCGAUGAAAGAUAGAAAGUAUACUAGAUGGGCAGACAAUGGGAAGAAGUGUAGCAAAAUUGAUCGUUUUCUGGUUUGCUCCGGGUUUUUUGGGUUAUGGCCAAACGCUUGCUUUAGAGCCUUACCGAGGAUGUUUUCGGAUCACAACCCAAUUGUGUUGGUUACUAAGGAGUCUAACUUCGGGCCGAAGCCCUUUAGAGUCUUUAACUCGUGGUUUGGUCGGCCGGGGUUCGACUCGACGGUCAGAGAAGCGGCCCGUUCCUUUGUGGGUUCUGGGCCUGCUGAUUUGUGCUUGUUGAAAAAAUUCAAAUGGAUUAGGUCUCAUGUGAAGGUUUGGAGGGAUGAUAUGAUUAAGAAAGAAGGGGAAUUAGAGGCUAUUGCGAGAGAAGAAAUUGAGGAGUUAGAGAAAUUGUUGGAAGUUAGGGACUUAGCUGAGGAGGAAGAGUGGGCUCUUUCUGAGAAUCUGCUUCGCAUUAAGGAGAUAGAAGAGAAUAAGACGAAGGACCUGAAACAGAGAUCGAGGGUUAGAUGGGCCAAAGAGGGAGACGAAAACUCUAGUUUUUUCAUUCGAUGA